AAGAACAUGAACGUGAGUCUACUCUCUGGUUUCUACAGACCCUGACCUCUGACCUCUGCGGGAGGGGGCAGAGCCAGGGAGUGGGGUGUUCUCUUCACCGGCCAAUGAAAGGACUGGGGGUGUGUGGCUUUAAGCCAGCAGACCAAUGGGGAGAGAGAGGAGGAGGGACCUGAGGUGUCACUCCACAUUCACACAAUUCAGUCUGAGCAUGUACUCACAGUACUACCUGUACUGAGCAUGGUACUGCUGCUUCUGUAGUACUCUGUCCUCCUGCUCCUCCUGCUCCUCCUGCUGCUCCUCCUCCUCCUUCUCUCCCUCCUCCUAGUCCUCAGAUGGACUCAGCAGCGCCCCCUGGCCUCUCUCUGGUCUCAGUCUUGUCUCUGUUAGCAUGUAGCUUUCAGGUGUUAGCUGCUGUGCUGCUAACUCACAGGUAUGGUGGGCAGAGCUCUGUGAGGGACAGGUGGAUCCUGCUGUGGCUCUUCUAUGAUGUCAUCGUUCACCUGACACUCGAGGGUCCGUUUGUUUACAUGUCUGUGUUUGGGACAGUGCAGACGUCUGAAGGUCCACUGGCUGAACUCUGGAGGGAGUACAGUCAGGCCGACAGUCGUUGGUUAGUUUCUGAUCCGACCAUCGUUUCCAUAGAGAUUCUGACCGUCGUCCUUGACUCUCUGCUCGCUCUGCUGCUCAUCUACGCAGUACUCAACGACAAGUACUACAGGUAUUCCUGCCAGAUCACUCUGAGCGUGUGCGAGCUGUACGGCGGCUGGAUGACCUUUUGUCCUGAUUGGCUGAUUGGCAGUCCUCACCUGAACACAUCCAGCUGGCUCUACCUGUGGGUCUACCUGGUCUUCUUUAACGGGGUCUGGGUGGUGGUCCCGGUCCUGCUGCUGGUCCAGUCCUGGUUCUCUCUGAAGAGUCUGCACACGCUCAGAACAGACAACAACAUAAACAGGAAGAGGAAGUAGAGCUGGAGGGUCACAUGACUGAUGAACAUUAAAGGUUCAUUUCACAGGUUUUAACCUCAGAUUUCAGCUGUUUCAGAACUAACUGAUCAUCAGUCAUUGAUCCUGUGUUUGUCUCUUUAAAUAAACCAGAGUCCACAUUGG